AUGUUUGAAUUAUAGGAGUGCUUAUAAUGCUAUGAUAAUUUAGCAGAUAAUAGCUUAAAAUCAGAUAUUCCAAUAUGCGAAGACUGCUAUAAUUUUAACUAAAAAAAUAAAUAAAAUAAUUCGCAAAACUCCAUCAAAUAAUAUAUAACUUUUUCAAAGCAUCCUGAAAUUGAUGAAAUAAUUAGUGGAAAAUUAUAUUUAGGAAAUGAAGAUGCGUCUACCAUUAAAGAGGAGUUAACCAAAAGAAAUAUAACACAUAUAUUAAUAGCAGGUAGUGGGAUGAAGAGAUAUUUUGAAAAAGAUUUUACAUAUAUGCAAAUUAAUGUAGAAGAUACAAUAGGUUGUGAUAUCUCAAAGCACUUUGAAAGCACAUAUAAUUUUAUUGAAGAAGGUAAAACAGUGUUUGUGCACUGUGCUGCAGGUGUUUCAAGAAGUGCAACUAUUGUUAUUUCUUAUAUAAUGAGAAAGCAAAAUAAAAGUUAUGAUGAAGCAUUUAAGUAAGUAAAAAAUGUAAGAUAUAUAAUACGACCAAAUAAAGGAUUUACAAAGCAGCUAUAAGAAUUAGAAAAAUCUUUGAAUUUACAAAUGAAUAAUCAAUUAAACUGA